AUGCCGACUUCUUACGGCGAGCUGACCAUCUCAAUCAUGCACCCCUUCAGCCGUGGCAACAUCACCGCCGCCUCCGCUUCCAUCUUCGACGCGCCCCUGAUCGACCCGCGCUACUGCUCGCACGCGUUCGACUGCGACCUGCUGAUGCGCGGCCUGCGCUGGAACGACCGACUGGUCGCCACCAAGGCCAUGCAGGAGUUGCAACCCGUGCCCCAUGCCGGCUACGGCCCGGCCGUCGAUGACGCGACGCUGCGCCAGACCCUGUACAACGAUCUGCGCACUAACUUUCACCCCAGCAGCACGACAGCCAUGCUGCCGCGCAACCACGGCGGUGUU